AUGUCCAGCAAUGAGGUUAAACAUUUAAUAGAAUUAAUUGAUCAUCGUAAUUCAUUUAUGUUUCUACAACGAUCAAUGGCGUAUGUUUUACGAGCGAUUAACAAAAUGAAAAAGAUUAAAUCUCGAAAUCAUCAAAGAGACGCAACAAAUACAUUUUUAGACGAAAAGGAAAUAAUUAGAGUUGGAGGAAGAUUGGAGAAUGCUUCAAUAGGAUAUAAUGCAAAACAUCCCUGGUUGUUACCAGGUAAUGAUUUUGUAUCAAAAUUAAUAUUUGACCAUUUACAUAAGCAACAUUAUCAUGCCGGACCAUUAGCACUCUUGGCUAAAGCUAGACAACGGUUCUGGGUGAUCAAAGGAAAAUUACUUGCAAGAUCAACGGUUAGUAAAUGCGUCGCAUGUUCUAAGGCAAAACCUCAGUUAUUACAACAACAAAUGGGUAAUCUACCAGACAAACGAGUAAUCCCUGCACGUCCAUUCUUAUAUAGUGGAGUAGACUUUUGUGGCCCAUUUUGGAUACACUAUCAUCUUAGAGGCAAACGACCAACAAAAUGUUAUAUCGCAGUAUUUUGCUGUUUCGUUACCAAAGCAAUCCAUUUAGAGGUAGUAUCUCACCUGACUACUCAAGCAUUUAUAGGUGCAUUGAAAAGAUUUAUGGCUCGAAGAGGUUUAUGUAAGGAAAUUUAUUGUGACAACGCUACAAAUUUUAUUGGAGCCAAAAAUGAAUUAAAAGAGCUGGGAGAUCUAAUUAACAAACAAAAUGUAAAAGAUGAAAUAAUCAACCAGAGUGCUCAGAAAGGUAUCCAGUUCAACUUUAUAACACCCAGAUCUCCUCAUUUUGGCGGUCUUUGGGAAGAGGCAGUAAAAUCAACAAAGAAAAUAUUAAGACAUGCACUAAAAUCCGCUUCCUUGACAUUCGAAGAGUUGAGUACAGUAACUGCAGAAGCUGAAGCGGUAUUAAAUUCUCGUCCUAUAACACCUAUGUCUUCUGACCCAAAUGACUUUACAGCAUUAACGCCAGGCCAUUUUCUCAUCGGUGAACCUUUGACAGCAGUUCCAGAAAAUAGAGAAUCAGAGCAAAAAUUAACGUCAUUAUCAAGAUGGAAAUUAGUAACAUCUAUUAGACAACACUUUUGGAAAUUAUGGACUGACGAAUACUUAAGCAAUCUUCAAAAAAGAAAUAAACAGAACGCUAAAAUAUUUAUUACCCAAGGAACAAGAUGA